GCGGCGCGCUGCAGGGAGCGCUGAGGGGGGGCCGCGGGCCGAGCCCAGCCCGCGGUGUGCCCCGGGGAGCAGUGGGCUCGGCUCCCGGGAGGGCCAACUUCCUGCGGAGUUCGGCUCCGAGCGCUCCUCGGCGGCGGCCGCGGCUGAACCGGAAAGUUUGCAAAGCCGGUCGAUGGGACUGCUCUGUGCAAGACAUCAGGUCAUUUAGCAGUGGCCGCAUUCCCACACCUCCUGUCCAUGAAGCACCACCUGAGCUUUAACGCUGCACCAGAGCAUCAGACUUGGGUGGACAGUGCCCUGUGUGAGGUGGCACAAGGCUGUUCCCCAGCUGAUGGCUGUUUCCUUGCUGCUUGUUUAGAGUUUCUUGUGCAGCCAACCCCUUGAAGGAGUAGGAAUUCUUCAACCUCUUGUUUCAAAAGACUGUGGACUGUUUCCUGCUGUGUAACUCCCUUCUCUCUCCCAUUUCAACGAACAAAAGACCCUAAGAGGAGGAUGAGGCAGCUGAGAGGAAAACCCAAAAAAGAGACCUCCAAAGAUAAAAAGGAGAGGAAACAGGCAAUGCAGGAGGCCCGGCAACAGAUCACCACCGUCGUGCUGCCCACACUGGCGAUUGUAGUACUGCUGAUCGUUGUGUUCGUGUAUGUAGCCACUCGCCCAAACACAACAGAGUGAUGCAGCUCCUCACACUCCCAGCCUUGGGGUUUUAACUGUUUUAUCAAAAGCCAGAAGGAACUCCCUGCCGCUCCCGUAGUACUUCACAGAGGAACUUGUCAGCUUCUCACUCUUUCUCUCAUAGGGUCCUGUGGAGCCUCUUUAGGAAUGUAACAUAAAACGUAUUUGUGAGCGUGCCGGUACGUUUUAUGGUCAGUUCUUGUGCCUUUCAGACUUUUAAAAUGGUGUUUUUCUGAAAUCCAUUGGAAGCUCUAGAUUGUAAAAGGAAAUUGGGCUCUGCUAUAAAUUUGUAUAAAAUCAGCUUUCAGCUUUUAUCACUGUUACGGAUAAUGUUGCCCCCAUGAGCUCCUGGAUGUCUGUUUCAGAACUUCCAAAGAAGUGCAUUUCUUCUUUGUACUUACUGUCAUAUGAAGUGCUUUGAUUCAGAAAGGAGAUAUUUAUUUUUUGAAUAAAAGAGAGAAGUCUUGGAAUCUUCAAAUUAUUUUGCAAAGAAUGUGACUUAUUGUGAAAGCCCACAUUGUGUAGUGAUUUUUUUCAUUAAACACACCAGAGUUCCCCUAAAAAGAGUUUCUUUUGCUGUGAGAUGCCACCACAUCAAUUGAAUUCUUCAGGAUCUGCCAAAAGGAAUCUUACAGAGGUUAGAAAUGGAGGUUUCUAUGAGUUUAUGGGGAAGUAACUAACAAUGAGUGAUGUGAACACAGACAGUUGUUUAUCUGAAUGUUAAAUAUUUAAAUCUGUGUAAGUGGCAAUAAAAGAUGAUUUUGGAUACAA